GUUGACAUUGACACUAGUUGAUAUUUCAAUUUAUAGGUUUUGUUUAUUGUUAUUUACCCUUCUUUAUUGUUAUUAAUUAAUUAAUCAUUCAGCGAAUCAUGUUUAACGUGAGAAAUACGAGUUUUUGUUAUGUGAUUUUAAUAUAGCAUGUUAUACAACAUGCCACCAUUCCGUCGAAAAAAGUCCGGUAAAAGUUUUCCAGUGAAAGUCUGCACAUUGGAUGCAGAAUUAGAAUUCAAUUUGGAGUGGCGAGCAACGGGAAGAGACCUUUUUGAAUUAGUAUGCAGAACAAUUGGUCUCAGAGAGACUUGGUACUUUGGUUUGCAAUAUGAGGACUCCAAAGGCUUCAUAUCAUGGCUCAAAUUGGAUAAGAAAGUUCAAGAUCAAGGUAUCCAAAAAAAUCACCAAACAGCUUCUUUCAUGUUCCUAGGCAAAUUUUACCCUGAAGAAGUGGCAGAGGAAUUAGUACAAGAAGUCACACAGCAUUUGUUCUUUUUACAAGUAAAACAGGCCAUAUUAUCCAUGGAUGUGUAUUGUCCACCAGAAGCCUCAGUAUUACUAGCUAGCUAUGCUGUUCAAGCUAAGUUUGGAGAUUUUGAUGAAGACACCUACAAGCCAGGGAUGCUGGCAAGUGAAGAUCUACUGCCCCAAAGGGUGAUAGACCAAUAUCAAAUGACUUUAGAGAUGUGGGAGGAACGUAUCAGAGUGUGGUAUGCAGAUCACAGGGGGAUGUCACGUGAUGAAGCUGAAAUGGAGUACCUCAAGAUAGCACAAGAUCUUGACAUGUAUGGAGUCAACUAUUUCCCAAUACUGAAUAAAAAAGAGACUGAACUGUGGUUGGGUGUCACUGCUUUGGGACUGAACAUCUAUGAGAAGGAGAAUAAAUUGCAGCCAAAAACAACAUUCACUUGGUCAGAGAUCAGGCACAUCAGUUUUGAUGACAAGAAGUUUAUUAUCAAGCCAGUGGACAAGAAUGCUCCCAACUUUGUGUUUUUUAGCCAAAAAGUUCGUAUGAACAAAUUGAUCCUCGACCUGUGCAUCGGCAACCACGACCUGUUCAUGCGCCGGCGCAAACCCGAUUCGAUGGAGCUGCAGCAGAUGAAGGCGGCCGCCAAGGAGGAGAAGCAGCGCAGGCAGGUGCAGCGCAACCGAUUGGCCAGAGAGAAGCGGCUGAGAGAGGAGGCGGAGAGGGAGAGAGCCAGCAUGGAGCAGCGGCUGUUGCAGUACCAGGAGGAGAUACGGCUGGCCAACGAGGCGUUGGUGAGUAUUUCGAUUUUGGAAAUUGUUUUUGUUCCAUUCGAGAAGGGCUAUUUUAUUGCAAAGGAAAGUGAAGACACUGAAACCAAAAGUAAAAAGGAGAAUGACAAUCUUGAUGAGCGACGAUCAGAAGAGAGCGCAGAUCUUCUUGCGGAGAAAAGCCGAGUGGCAGAAGAGGAAGCGAGACUUCUGAGCCAGAAAGCAGCCGAAGCUGAGCAAGAGAUUGCAAGGAUGAGGCUGACAGCAAUGAGAAAAGACGAAGAAAAGGUGUCGUUGGAGCGGAAAACUCGUGAAGCGGAAAUGUUGACUGCCCGUUUGGUGGAGGAGAGCGAAAAAAGGGCGGCGGAGGCAAACAAGUUGAAGGACGAAUUGCUGAAGGCGAGGGCGGCCGAGAAACAGGCCAAAGAGAAGCUGCUCGACUUUUUGAGUCGCACCACCUCAUAUAACGGAUCCAACGCCGCAUCACCCCUAUCGUCCGUUACGACCCUGUAUCAGCCACCCCUUAGUCCGGUGUACGUGCCCGAUAUGUCGAUAAUGGAUCACGAAGUGUCCAAUUCGCCGGAUCUGAAUCUCAACAUCACCUCCUACGAUUUGUUGGCCAAUGCGGACGCAGACCAGCUCUCUUUAGAAAUAGAAAAAGAAAGAAUGGAAUAUUUGGAAAAGUCGAAGCAUCUUCAGAAUCAGCUGAGGGAUCUGAGGACGGAGAUUGCCGUACUGAAAGUGGGGGAGAAACAAACUGACUAUGAUCAACUGCACGAAGAACAAGUCAAGUUGGGUGAAAAUAAGUACUCUACAUUGAAAAAAAGCAAGUCGGGCUCGACGAAGAGCAGAGUUGCAUUUUUUGAGGAAUUAUAGUAUAGGAGUUAUAUUUAUAUAUAGGGUGAACGUAUUUAAUGAAUCGAAUUUUGCAAAUACAUCAAUAUAAAUUAAAAUCUGAUUGAAGUCGUAUGACGCGUUUCAUAGACAUUAAGUUUUUUCCCAUUUUAUUUUUUCAAUUUUCUUGAAACAAAACUUUAAACUACCGUUUAAAUCUUGUAAAAUGUAGUGAAUCCUACUUAUUAGGCAUAUUUCAUGUACUAUAUAGUGAAGAGAACCAAUAGAGUAUACCAGAAUUACUGCUCAUUAAAACGUGCAACCUUGUAUUAAUUUUAUUUAUAUGACAAUAAGUUGUUA